AUGAAACCAAAAACAAGAAUAAGCGUCAUUGCCGCCACCCUUCUCUUUGGGAGGAUUACACUCGCGGCGAAUGCCACGACAAUUUCUGCCACUGGGUGUGCUGACCCUUCGUCAAUGACUAGUCGUCUGCAAGCGGCGGACACUCAGCUUAGUACUUGUGUGGACGAGGCUGGUGGUAAUGACGAAGUGAUAUUGUCUUGCCAGUGGGAGCAAUGGAUUCAACAGAUGGUCUGCUACCAGGCAUCAUGCUGGAACAAGUGCCAACAAUACACCACAAUUGUUUCCAACGAUCUCAUGGACUGUCAAUGCUGUAGCUAUAGUGCCGCUACUUCUGCAUUCUACGGAAUUUGUCCUAAUACCUCCCCAGACGGCCUAGACUUUUUUGUUACCGGUGUCGAGUAUGAAAGCGUAGCCGGAUCCUGCGCUGGAUUAACAGCAGACCUCUGUGCCUCGUACGGCUUUUGGUCGGCGGACAACGGCACAUUCUUAGAUCCAGCAAACCUGCCUGCCACUGGUACGCAGCCACUAUCGACAACUGCUGGGCCUUCGUCUCUUACUACACCACCGGCCGGUGCAACUAUUACUUGGACUGCGUUGAGCCAGACUUUUACUGUGACCGCCUCAUCGUACAACGCGAAGAAUGUUGCUUCCGGUAGCAGCACGACUGGGACUGGGACCGCAACUGAAACUACGGGUAGUAGCGGAAGUGAGACUACUGCUACUGGUACAGCAGCAUCAAGUGCAGUGAGCACUGGUGCUGCAUCGUCAAUUCGGACUGGAAACAGAGCUUGGGCUAUCGGAAUGCUCUCUGUUGGGGGGCUUGUGGUUAUGUUGUGA